AGAUCGUCGAAGAUAUCACACUUCUUGAGAUACACUUCAUUCAGUAACAACAAAAAAAAAACCUCAUCAAUAUGUUCAAAGCUGUAGUAUUCCUUGCCGUAUUGGCUGCAGUCCAAGCUGGAGGAUUAUUAGAACCUGCUGUUUACUCGCCACAACUUGCAUACUCAAGUUACGCCACACCAGCUGUAGCUAAAGUAGCUACUUAUGCUGCUCCAGCACCACUUACAUAUGCAGCUCACGCUCCAGUUGCUUACUCAGCACCAGUUGUUGCGAAAGCGGUCGCUCCAGCGGUUUCUUACUCAUCUACAAGAACUUACACCACUCAUGGAUCUCCAGUUUAUGCUAAAUCUUAUGCUACCCCGUUAGCAUACAGUGCUUACAGUACUCCUUAUGCCCACGCUCCAGUUGCUCCAGUUGCAUACAGCGCCCCAAUCGCUCACGCCCCAUUAGCAUAUAGCGCACCCAUCUCUCAUGCUCCAUUAACCUACAGCUCACCCAUUCCUCAUGCUCCAGUAACUUACAGUGCUCCAAUCGCUCAUGCUCCAGUUGCUUACAGUGCACCAAUUGCCCACGCUCCGGUUGCAUACAGUGCUCCUCUUGCUCAUGCACCAGUUGCUCCUGUAGCUUAUAGUGCUCCUCUUGGCCAUGCUCCACUUGCCUAUUCAUCUCCAGUUGUAGCUAAGACUUACGCAGCUGCCCCAGCCUACGGUUAUGCUGGUGGUUAUCAUUUGUAAAGACUUAAACAAUAUUUACUGUAUUUAUUUAUUUAUUAAGACAAUAAAUAAUAGAAUUUACUUGAACUAUA